UAUCACAAAAAUCACAGGGCAUAUCAGUACACUAUCUCACACUUUACAGUUUCUUUUCUUUUUUCCUUUAGUUUUGCUAUGUUCUUUUUUUUUGUUGAUAAAACUUAUGUUCUUUUUUGUUGUUGAUAAAACCUAUGUUCUUUUACCACCAAUCCAAUAAUUACAAUGAUAUUUUCUCUAUAUAAAAGCAAAGACUUGUCUCUUUGUUUCUCAACCUCAUCUUACACACACACAAAAAAAAGAUUCAAACAUGAGCAAUUAUGCAGAGACAAAACCACAUGCUGUGUUGACUCCUUAUCCACUUCAAGGCCAUAUCAAUCCAAUGUUCAAACUAGCAAAACUACUUCACCUUAGAGGCUUUCAUAUAACCUUUGUCAACACUGAAUACAACCACAAACGUUUGCUUAAAUCAAGAGGUCCUAAUUCUCUUGAUGGUUUCAUUGACUUUAGCUUUGAAACUAUUCCAGAUGGUUUAACUCCAAUGGAUGGUGAUGUUAGUCAAGACUUGGAUUCUCUUAGGGAAUCAAUAAGAAAGAAUUGCUAUCAACCCUUUUGUGAAGUUCUAGCUAGACUUAAAGAUUCUGCUAAUGAUGGUCUUAUACCUCCCGUUAGUUGUUUUGUUUCUGAUAGUUUCAUGCCAUUUACUAUGCAAGUUGCUGAAGAACUUGCACUGCCAAUUGUUCUCCUUUUUCCAUCUAGUGCUUUUACUUUCUUGUCUGUUUUGCACUUUAAAACACUGAUUCAGAAAGGUCUCAUACCACUCAAAGAUGAGAGUUAUUUGACAAAUGGAUAUUUGGACACAAAAGUUGAUUGGAUUCCUGGGUUGAGAAACUUUAGGCUCAAGGAUCUACCUGAUUUUAUAAGGACAACUGAUCCUAAUGACUUGAUGAUAGAAUUUGUCAUUGAAGUGGCAGAUAGAUUUCACAAAGCUUCUGCUAUUGUUUUCAAUACUUCUAAUGAACUUGAGAGUGAUAUUAUGAAUGUUCUUGAUUCUAUGUUCCCUUCUCUAUACACUAUUCAUAUUGGCCCUUUUGCUUCUUUUUUAAAUCAAAGUCCACAAAAUGAUUUAACAUCUUUAGAUUCCAAUCUUUGGAAAGAAGAUACUAAAUGUCUUGAAUGGCUUGAAACGAAUGAACCGGGAUCUGUUGUUUAUGUAAAUUUUGGCAGCAUCACGGUUAUGUCUCAAGAGAAAUUGUUGGAGUUUGCUUGGGGUUUGGCCAACAGCAAGAAACCUUUUUUGUGGAUUAUUAGGCCUGAUCUUGUCAUUGGUGGUUCUGUGAUUUUGUCAUCUGAGUUUGUGAAUGAAAUUUCGGAUAGAGGCCUAAUAGCAAGUUGGUGUCCACAAGAGAAAGUUUUGAACCACCCUUCAAUUGGUGGAUUCUUGACUCAUUGUGGAUGGAAUUCAACCACUGAGAGCAUAUGUGCUGGAGUGCCAAUGUUGUGUUGGCCAUUCUUUGGUGAUCAACCAACAAACUGUAGAUUUAUUUGCAAUGAAUGGGAGAUUGGACUUGAAAUUGAUACUGAUGUUAAGAGAGAGGAGGUGGAGAAGUUAAUCAAUGAAUUGAUGGUAGGAGAGAAAGGAAAGAAGAUGAAGGAAAAGGCCAUGGAAUUGAAGAAGAAGGCUGAGGAGGACACAAGACCUUAUGGUUCUUCAUACAUGAACUUGGACAAACUUAUUAAAGAGGUGUUGGUUAAACAAAAAUUAGAUUUAAGUUGUUAGAAUAUUAUAAAAUAUCUUAUAAUAUUUUUUAUACUAUAUGAUAGUAUCUUAGAUCAUCUCUUAAGAUUGAUUAUAUAUUGUUCUUGUUCUGAAAGGAAGUCCCUUUUUUCCUUCCUGUGAAAA